UUAUAACAUGCUCUGCACGUUGGAUGAAUAAGCCUGGGAAAGGCUGCCUCCUGGCUUUGUGUCACUUGCACUCACUUUUCUCUUGACAACACUGAUCAUAUUAAAAUAGCGACUCGGAGAACUGACUGGCUACCUUUUUUAAUUUAGAAGCUUUUACUAUAGACUUUAAUUGCUCUUCAGAUUAACAGUGACACAUCAGAAGACUUAUUUGAUAGAAAACGGAACCUUGCAAUGUCAGGCAAAAACAUUCUGAUCGUGUAUGCUCACCAGGAGCCAAAGUCAAUGAAUGGUUCUUUAAAAAAUAUUGCUGUUGAUGUUCUGAGUAAGAUGGGAUGCUGUGUUACUGUCUCUGACUUAUACGCCAUGAAGUUCAAUGCAGCAGCAACCAGAAAUGAUAUCACAGGAGACCUAUGUAAUCCUCAGCAUUUCAGCUAUGGAAUAGAAACAAUGGAAGCUUUAAAGAAAGGCUACCUAUGUGAGGAUAUCCUUCAGGAACAGAAAAAAAUUAAUGAAGCUGAUCUUAUCAUCUUCCAGUUUCCUAUAUACUGGUUCAGCUUCCCUGCAAUCAUGAAGGGCUGGAUAGAUCGAUGCUUUGUGCAAGGCUUUGCCUUUGACAUCCCAGGCUGUUAUGAUACUGGAUUACUUAAGGGUAAGCGGGCAUUACUUUCAUUUACGACUGGUGGAACAGAAGACAUGUUCAGUAAAGAAGGCAAAAGUGGUGACAUCCGAUAUCUUCUUUGGCCUAUUCAACAUGGCAUAAUGCACUUCUGUGGAUUUCAAGUUCUUGCUCCUCAAAUCUCUUAUGCACCAGAGUAUGUGAGUGAACAAAGAAGAAAAGAAAUGCUGAAUAAUUGGGCUCAAAGGCUAGAAAACAUUUGGGAUGAAGACCCUAUAGAUUGUACACCUCCUUGGUACUUCCAAUAGAUACCUGGUGCUUCUAAGAAAUGGCAGAUCUAAUAGGCAAAUCUAAUUUUUUUAACAACAGCACCUGUACAUUGUAAAUUUAAUUUUCAUUCACUGUAUUGUUUAGUUAAAAUUACAUGUUCUUUAUUGUAGAAUAGUGUCAUGAUAAACAAAGUUCUGUCAAGUUGGUUGGUUAAAACAAUCCAACUUUAGCAAGUAAAAUCAUGGGAGAAAUAGUCACCUACUGAUCUGCUUUCCUUAAAUUAAUUGAUAAAAUUUGCAUUUCGGCAGCAUAACAUUUCCUAUUAGUUUAAUAAAUUAUUUAUUUUCUCUACCUCUACAGCAAACAUAAAAUAUUAGAUUGAUGACUAUAAAACAAACAGCCACACAACUGACAUAAUAAAUAGCAUAACCUGCUUGUUAUUAGUUGUCAUAUGUUAAUUAUUGUAAGAAUAAAAAAAUAUCUCUACCGUGA